CUGGGGAUGUCGUGGUUUAAGCCGCUGGGCCUGACCAUCGGGGGCAUCCACCAGCUGCAGCAAGCCGAUUUCGCGGACGUUUGCAACGAAUUCCCCCGGGUUUUCGAUGGGUCCUUAGGCAAGUUCACGGGGGCCCCCAUCUCCCUGGACCUGGACCCGGCGGUCCGGCCCAUACGGAUCAAGGCCAGGUUUCCGCCCUUAACGGUAAGGCCGAAAAUCGAGGCGGAACUCGACAAGCUGGUGGCGCAAGGGGUGUUGGAGCCGGUGGCAUCGGCACGCUGGGAAACCCCCAUUGUCACACCGAUCAAACCAAACGGGGACGUCCGGAUCUGUGCGGACUAUAAGUGCACAAUUAACAAAGCACUGCAGGACCACGCGUACCCCGUUCCGGUGGUCAGCCACGUGCUGGCGGCGCUCGCGGGGGCUCGCAUAUUUGGAAAGCUGGACUUGGCGCAGGCCUAUCAGCAGCUGCCGGUGGACGCCGCCACGGCGGAAGCCCAGACGAUCGCCACGCACAGAGGGGCUUUCAAGGUCCACCGGCUCCAGUUCGGCGUCUCGGUGGCUCCGGGGAUUUUUCAAUCUUUCAUGGACUCUCUCCUCAAAGGUAUCCCCGGGGUACAGCCCUUUCUAGAUGACGUCUUGAUCACCGCCCCCGACGCCGCGUCGUUUGCCACCCGACUCCGUACCGUUCUCCAACGCUUCGACCAGGCGGGGCUGAAGGUGAAGCGCGAAAAAUGCUUGCUCGGCGUGCCCAAAGUGGAGUUUCUAGGGUUCGCGGUCGACGCACAGGGCAUUCACCCCACGGCGGAGAAGACCAGAGCGAUCUCGAACGCCCCAGCCCCCACAUCAAAGACCGAGCUACAGGCCUUCUUAGGCCUCCUGAACUUUUACCACUCUUUUCUUCCCCUCAAAGCUGCAGUAGCCGAACCCCUCCAUCGGCUCCUCGACAAGGGCGCGCCGUGGGUCUGGGGGACGGCUCAGCAGGCGCCUUUCCAGGCGGUCAAAGACCUCCUCGUCUCAAAUUCGGUACUCGCACACUUCAACGAGGACCUGCCGGUGGUGCUGGCUUGCGACGCCUCUCCAUAUGGGGUCGGGGCGGUCCUGGGGCACAAACUGCCUGACGGUCGGGAGGUACCUGUGGCCUAUUACUCCCGUACCUUGUCUGCGGCGGAGCGCAACUACGCGCAGAUUGACAAGGAGGCUCUUGCUAUAGUGGCCGGGGUGAAAAAAUUUCACCACUACCUCUACGGCCGGCCCUUCACGGUCCCCACGGACCACAAGCCUCUCCUGGGUCUGUUCGCCCCGGACCGCCAGACCCCCCAGAUGACUUCGCCCCGAGUGAUCCGGUGGUCCGUCUUCCUGGCGGGCUACAACUACAGGCUCCUGCACCGGCCCGGGAAGGCAAUGGGCCACGCGGACGCCUUGAGCCGCCUGCCUCUGCCGGAAACGGAGCCUGACCCGGCCCCAGCCCAUCACAUCGCGCUGCUGGAAACGCUGCCCGACCAGCCGGUUCACGUGAAAGAGGUGGCCCGGCGCACCGAAAAGGACCCUAUCCUCUGCCGCGUCCUGGACUGGGUGAGAAGGGGGUGGCCGUUGGCCUCGGCGGGACCCGACUUUGCGGCCUAUGCCUCGCGCAAAGACGAACUGUCUGCUCACAAGGGUUGUGUGCUGUGGGGAGGUCGGGUGGUAAUCCCUUCCCCACUCCGAGACCGAGUACUUGCAGCAUUGCACGAGGCUCACCCAGGAGUGGUGCGGAUGAAAGCGCUGGCUCGGAGUUAUGUGUGGUGGCCCGGCCUCGAUCAGGACAUUGAGAGACUGGUGAAACUGUGCCAACCCUGCCAGGCGUUCCGGCCCGCACCGCCCCGAGCGCCCGAUCGAGCUUGGGAGUCUUCCCACAAACCUUGGUCCCGGCUACACUUGGACUUUGCGGGGCCGUUCCAGGGACAAAUCUUUUUCAUUCUAGUGGACGCUUACAGUAAGUGGCUGGAGGUGGUGCCGGUACCGUCUACCUCCUCGAAGGCCGCCAUCAGAGCCAUGCGCCACAUUUUUAGCUCCCACGGCCUUCCAGACACCCUGGUGACCGACAACGGCACAGCAUUUACCUCCAGCGAGUUCCAGGACUUCACGAGGUACUGUGGAAUCCGACACGUCCGGUCAGCGCCCUUCCACCCGGCAACCAACGGCCAGGCGGAGCGCAUGGUGCGCACCACCAAGGAAACACUGCGCAAGUUCGACAGUAAGGACUGGGACUACAAGCUGGCGGUGUUCCUGUUCGGCCAACGCACGACCCCGCACACCGAGACCGGCUGCAGCCCGGCGGAGCUCCUGAUGGGUCGUCGCCUAACCUCCCGGCUGGACCGUCUACACCCAGACAGGGCCCCCGAGAUGGAACCGACAUCGGAAUCACACGCAGCCGCCCGAGGGUUCUUCCCGGAAGACCCAGUCUACGCUAAGAACUACGCCCAGGGGCCACCCUGGAUCCCUGCGAGAGUGGUCCGGGUGCGAGGCCCGCGCUCCUAUGAGGUCUCCUGUGAGGACGGACAACUGCUACACCGCCACAUCGACCAACUGCGGCGCCGGGUCCUUCCGAACGACCCCGAGGACCUGGAGCCCCAGGAGCACAACGAAACUUCAGGCCACGCAACCGAACCGCAGAACCCGGCCUCGGCCCCGGUCACUCUGGAGCCCCCGGCGUUGCCCCCGCAGGAAACACCGCCGUCGGAAACGCCACAGUUGGAAAAAGUUCUAGUCGAUAUAAUCCAUCAAGAUCAAGCAGGCUUUUUACCAAAAAGACAGCUCAAAAACAAUAUAAGGGUCGUUCUGAAUGUAUUAGAAUAUUAUGCGUUACAUCCAGAAAAACAAGUAGCACUUUUAUUCUUGGAUGCUGAAAAAGCCUUUGACAGAGUGAAUUGGGACUUUAUGCUACAAAAGAUUGCAAACUGGGACUGUGGUGAAAACUUUUAUACAAUGAUUAGAGCAAUAUACACGAACCAACAAGCAAAGGUGAUUGUGAAUGGCGAUAUGACACAAAACAUACAAAUUCAAAGGGGCACAAGACAGGGUUGCCCCUUGUCACUGCUACUGUUUAUAUUCACAUUGGAAACUCUACUAGACUUAGUUAAAGGCCAUAACCAAAUAAAAAGACUUAAAGUUAACAAGGAAGUGUUUAAAGUUCAAGCAUUCACAGAUGACUUAGUAGCAUUUAUAAUAGAGGAUCCAAUUGAAUCACUUCCGUAUCUAUUGGAAGUUUUGAGGAGUUAUGGAAAGUAUCAGGACUCAAAGUUAAUUAUAGAAAAACAAAUUUAA